UCCUCCCUGUAGCUGAAAUUAAAACACUAGCCAAAACCCAGUCAGGUCCUCAUGCUUUGGGACAGGCAUGAUUUGUUUCCAUUUUACUUGCUUGUACCAGGAAAUCUGAAAAGAAGCUGCCAAGUGUUAUUAAAUAUCACCAGAUUACAACAAUGACCGAUACAAUAUUUGGUAGUGGAACUGAUAAGUGGGUUUGUCCUAAUGAUCGACAGUUAGCGCUACGAGCCAAGUUGCAGGCGGGAUGGUCAGUACAUACAUUUCAGACAGACAAGCAAAGGAAAAACCAGAAUCUUGACCAAAAUGAAGUGGAUGCAAUCCUUCAAGUUAUCAGACGUGCUGAAAAAGUGGAUGCUUUGGAACAGCAGAGAAUUGGGCGUUUAGUGGAAAGGUUGGAAAAUAUGAAGAAAAACGUAAUGGGAAAUGGAAUUUCACAAUGUCUACUGUGUGGGGAGACACUUGGACUGCUGGGCACAACCUCUGUAUUCUGUCAAGACUGCAAAAAGAAAGUCUGUACCAAAUGUGGGAUUGAGACCAUGGGCAGCCAGAAACGACCUGUGUGGCUAUGUAAAAUCUGCAGUGAACAGAGAGAGGUUUGGAAGAGGUCUGGAGCCUGGUUUUACAAAGGUCUACCCAAAUACAUCUUACCAUUGAAAGUACCAAAUAAAACUAAAGAGCUGUAUGGAAGAUCUGCUCAUCCUGAGCCUCCAAUACACGAUCCAAGGAGCAGUGCACCUAUUCGAACUUAUACUUGGGCUAAAGGCAAAGUGGCAUCCAGUGAUAGUGAAAGCGACUCUGAAUUCAGCUCCUCUAGUUUGGAUGAAAAAGCCUCAACUAAGGGAUUAAAUGUGGAGAAGCCCAUAAAGCACAGAGUAGACUGUGUUUCAAGUACUGACCCAUGUAUGACUCCAACUGGUAGUCACAAGAAGAUAUUUGGUGCCUUUUCUAGUGCCUUGUCAGGUAGUCUGACCAGCCUUGGCAGUGAACAGGGUUCAGUAAGUGCCUCAGAGAGCUACCAGGGAGACACAACUGAAGACAAUGAUGGUGACAAAAGUAGGUAUCCCCACGAAGAGAAGAUCGUAAAGCAUAUAAGAAGAAGAAAUGCUGCUCGCCAUGCAAUGGGAAAACGUCGGGGAAACACAAGCCUGUGGAAUUGAAUGUGUGACGUGAAGCACAAUUGAACUGGGUACACAAAUCAUUUCUUCAAAUUCAUUUCAAUAUUUGUAAUCUUUCGGGACUGUUUAUAUGGUGGACAAUGCUGCUGUGUUCUUUGAGUUUCCCAACAAUGAAUGUGGAUUGGUGCUGUUAAGUAGUGAGACUAAACCUGUCAUGUUGUUUAUUAAUCUACUAUUUUACGAUCUCUCCUUAACGGGGAUUCUGUGUUCAUACUCAUCAUCAUAAUGACAAAAGGAUGCUAUGUAUCAUUCAUUACAGUUAAUAUUUUAACAUUUUAAUGUUUGUUUAGUAGAGGACAUUUACACCAUUUACAGAAAUAUGACAUAUGUACUGUCUGUGUGCCUGUAAGUUUUACAAUAAAGGUGCUAUACAUGCAACAUUGACUGCAUGCCAGCUAA